GAGACAUGCCAACGUAUACUAAAAGUAAUGCCGUGAGAAAUCGUGAGCAAAAGGGUAUAGGUAUUAUGCACUCCCAACUCCGUUCCCAUUCCCCACCCUUCGUGACCAGAAAAAGAAGAAAACAUUACUUUUGUGAGGGGUACAAAAAUCCUAAGAAACCGUUGCAGAUAAACCAUUCAUUACCGCAAAAGGAAAACACCAGUUUUUUUUUUUUUACUCCUCCCCCCCAAUGCCCCAGCCAUAGCGUGUACUUCAGCCAGGGGCCGGCAUGGAGAAGCACAUAAACAUGAAACACGGCAAGCUACCAAAGAAAUCUCUUCCAAUCAUCGUAACAAAAUGUCGUAGGGAUGGGCACAAUAUGGAAUGUACCUCGAGCCCAAUAGUUAAUGUCGAUCGCCAAGCCCGCGCGUCGCAAAUGGCUUCGGGGUUUAGUUGGGGUUCUUCCUCAGGGGGAAGUACAGCUCCGACUUGGGCUCGAGGUUCCAAGACUCUCCACGGCGCACGUCGAUCGAAAAGGCGUUGUCCCACGCGGCUUCGAGAUCCUUGGGAAUGGACCAACCACGGCGAGAGUCACGGCAGCGGACCCGGACGAGGUGGCGACGUCCAAAUUGUGACUGGGUGCCAUCGUUGGUGAAAGCAUCACGGCGGUGCAGAACAGCCAUGUUGUUGAUGAAGUGAAUAUCGCCCGGCUGAGUCAUGAUGCGCAGCUCUACUCGAAAAUGGCAGGGCGACGCUCAACCUUGGGGAUCGAGAAUGUGAAGGGCGAUGCCAAAGCGCUGAUUAGUUCCGGAUGCUCCAAUGCCAGAAGGUUGUAAAUGGCGUAUGCCGAAGCGAUGACGCUGCUGCCACCUUCGGCAGCCUGGCCGCGGGUCAA